GUGCUUCACCCUGGAAGCAGUUUAUAGCUACGUCCACGCUGGCUGGAUCUGAAGUUCACAUGCCUUGUGUUUAUGCGUGUUAUGUUUUUGUUUUUUGACAGAGAUUGAUAUAUUUCGGAUACCUGAUGAUUAAAGGCUGUGAAAUUAAUAAAUGGCCGGUAUUAUAAACGCGGAGAAUGAAGGAGAUCUUCAGGCUCAAAUCGAAGAGGUUGAGGCUCUGGCUUCCAUAUAUGGUGAUGAAUGGUGUGUUAUAGAUGAGGCAUCCAGAAUAUUUUGCAUCAAAAUAUCCAGUGACUUAGAGGAGCCAAAACGUACAGCAUGUCUGCAGAUUAUUCUUCCACCUGGUUAUCCAAGCACAGCCCCACCCAUCUACCAGAUCAAUGCAGCGUGGCUACGAGGCCCUGAGAGGGCCAAACUGGCAAACAGCCUCGAAGACCUUUAUGUGGAGCAUGCUGGGGAGAGCAUCCUCUACCUGUGGGUGGAAAAAGUUCGAGAAUUCCUGGUAGAGAAAUCUCAGAGCUCAGAAACGGCAGGUCAGCCAGAAAAUGUGACUUUGACGGCUGAGGAAGAAGUGAAUGAUGAUGAAGAUGCACCCGACUUCAGGACUUUCAAACUGAACACAGAAAGUGCUUACUUCUUCAUGGACCAUGCAAACGAUGAAGAGGUGCCUCCAAUAAAACAUGGAAACACAAUCACAGACCGACGCAGCACCUUCCAACCUCACUUAGCACCUGUGGUGACUCCCAGACAGGUUAAAAUGGUUCUGGAGAAGCUGUACGAAAACAAGAAGAUCGCUAGUGCCACUCAUAAUAUUUAUGCCUACAGGAUUUACUGCGAGGACAAGCACAGUUUCCUGCAGGACUGUGAGGACGACGGUGAGACAGCCGCAGGGGGGAGAUUACUCCACUUACUGCAGAUUCUGGAUGUGCGUAAUGUCAUGGUGGUUGUGUCUCGAUGGUAUGGAGGUAUUUUGUUGGGUCCUGACCGCUUCAAGCACAUCAACAACUGUGCAAGAAGCAUACUGGUAGAGGAGGGAUACACUGCCUUCACGGAUGAGGCCACCAAAUCAGGAGCGAAGACCAAAAGGCCAAAACACAAGAAGACAAAAUGAAUUUCAAAAUGAUAAUAAAAACCUGGCUUUUAUUCAGAAACAUUUUUAGUGAGGAAGUUGUCAACUAAUUUAGAUGUAUCUUAACAGAGACAAACCACAUUGCUUUGCAAUUUACAAAUAAUCUAUUGAAAACAACUACGGCAUUAAAAUGUCUUCUAGGAAGUUUGAGUAGUUAUUUCAGGUGAUAACUUUAACAGGACUUUAUAUUGCACCAUUUUGACUGAGAGGCCUUGAAAUGUAAUGUUUACAGUUCAAUGUGCUUUGAUUAAAACAUUCAGACCAUGA